ACCGCGCAUACACACUCUUCCCGGCGGUCUCGUUUUGUGUUCGACGUUUUGAUCACCUUGCAUUGCAGAGCAGCGCCGCUCGACAAUUACCCGAGUCCUGCCCGACGACAUUAAAAGAACGGAAAGGGCGGGAAAAGCGCGAAAAACCGACACUCUGCACAAGAUGGAUCUACACGAGGUGCAGUCGCACCUGAAUCAAUGGCUCGACGAAGCGGUCGUCGUCUUCCAAAAGGUUCCUGGCUCGGCCGUCCUCAUCCGCUACGUCCGCUCCAGCUACCAGAACGACCCGGUUCGGUCAGCCAUUGAGCUGGUGCUGUUCAUCUUCUUUAUUCGAUACCUGCUCGCGCCGAGCUACUCGACUUCGAAGCAGAAUUAUGUCAAGCUGACGGAGGAUGAAAUUGACGAGCUAGUCGACGAAUGGACACCCGAGCCUCUCGUGCCAGCACCGACACCAGCCGAGGAAGCCGAGCUGGAGAAGCUGCCUGUUCUUGUUGGGCCGACAGGGCCGAAAUCGAAGCUCGCCAACGGCAAGACAGUUACAAACCUCGCCUCGUACAACUUCUACAACCUUAAUGCCAACGAACAGAUCAAGGAGAAGGCCAUUCAGACCCUGCGCACCUACGGCGUGGGCCCUUGCGGCCCACCGCAAUUCUACGGCACCCAGGAUGUUCACAUGAAGACCGAAGCUGAUAUCGCGUCGUACCUCGGCACCGAAGGAUGCAUUGUAUACUCGAAUUCGUUCGCUACCAUUUCGAGCGUGAUCCCGGCGUUUUGCAAGAGAGGAGACGUCAUUGUUGCUGACCGAGCGGUUAACUGCUCCAUCCGCCGCGGCCUGGAAAUCUCGCGGAGCAGCAUCAAGUGGUACAAUCACAACGACCUAGAAGAUCUUGAGCGCGUCAUGCGCAAGGUGGUGCAGGAGCAGGCCCGGAAGAAGCUGACGAGGCGGUUUAUUGUCACUGAGGCGUUGUUUGAGACGAUCGGAGAUGUCAAUAAUUUGCCUAAGCUGAUCGAGCUUAAAGAAAAAUACAAAUUCCGCAUCAUCCUUGACGAGACAUGGUCCUUUGGCGUGCUCGGCCGCACAGGCCGCGGUCUUACGGAGGCGCAAAAUGUCGAUCCUCAGCAGGUGGACAUGAUCGUUGGCUCCAUGGCCGGCCCUCUCUGCGCCGGAGGCGGCUUCUGCGCAGGCUCCAAGGACGUGGUGGAGCACCAACGUAUCACGUCGGCCGCAUUCACUUUCUCUGCCGCACUACCAGCCAUGCUUGCCAUGACGGCCAGCGAGAGCCUCAACGUGCUGCAAUCGAACCCAGAAAUUCUGCAGCAAUGCCGUGAGAACAUCCGGCUCAUGCGGGCGCAGCUGGACCCGCGGAGCGACUGGGUCAUGUGUACAAGCGCCCCCGAAAAUCCCAUCAUGAUCUUGGUGCUCAAACCUGAAGUCAUCAAGGCCAGGCGGCUCAGCGUUGAGGACCAGGACAGGCUGAUGCAGGAGUGUGUUGACGAGGCCCUCGCCAACGGCGUGCUCAUCUCGCGUCUCAAGGGCAAUUCCAUCACGAUCCAUACGAGUCUCAAGGACGGGACCUGGGCAGUUCAGCCCGCACUCAAGGUCUGUGUCACGACGGGCCUGUCCAAGAAGGACAUCGAGAAGGCUGGCGUAACCAUCAGGCAUGCCAUCACCAAGGUUAUGACUCGCAAGACGAACAAUAAGCUUGGGGUCCCGGCUGCCUAGAUGGGCAGCGGCUGAUGUGACAGGAUAGUGCUAUUCGGAGGGUGUAUAAAUAUAGAAGGCUUAUAGAGCAGGGUAAUG